CUGGAUCUCAUCGCCCUCUGGAUCUCAUCGCUCUCUGAUCUCUGGAUCUCAUCGCCCUCUGGAUCUCAUCGCUCUCUGAUCUCUGGAUCUCAUCGCCCUCUGGAUCUCAUCGCUCUUUGAAUCUCAUCGGCUCUUUGGAUCUCAUUGCCCUCUGGCAGGAUGUUGUGUCCCAGCGUUUUCCAGAUGCCAGCGCCCGUGGCCAUGAGGCCCUUCAUGGAUCUGCACUGGCCGAUCCGCAGCCUGUGGCCCGAGACGAGGCCGCUCCUCUACCAGAUGGAGCAGGAGAUGGUGCGCCACCUGCAGGAGAUGAGGCAGAGCAUGGAGUUCAUGGAGCGGCUGCACCAGAAGAUCUUCGAGGAGAUUGACCACUCCACCUCCACCUCCUUCCUGCCCAUCGCCUUCCAGGAGCUGGGGAGGGACGGCAGUAACUUCGCCCUGAGUCUGGACACCAAGGAGUUCUCUCCCGAGGAGCUGUCAGUCAAACAGGUGGGCCGGCGGCUGCGGGUGAGCGGUCGCUCGGAGAAGAAGCAGGAGGACCCCCGCGGCUCCUACUCCUACAGGUGCCAGGAGUUCAGGCAGGAGUUCGACCUACCAGAUGGCGUCGACCCCGAGACCGUCACCUGCUCGCUAGUGGGCGGCCGGCUGCAGAUCCAGGCGCCACGCGACAAGGCGGCGACGGACGGGAAGGAGAGGAUCGUCCCCAUCAGCGUGGCCUCGGCCCCCGCCAUCACCUCCACCACCUCCACCUCCAGCUCCACCUCAACCUCCGGGGAGUCUGGGCCAGCCGGGGCCCCCCCUACCACCGAGAGUGGCCUUACAGAGAAGAACUAAAGCUCUGCUUUGGUGUUUUUUGAGGGAACAUGAAUCGGUUCUUCACCGCACUUUGAUUUUUAACCGAUUCUGAUCAACUUGUCACAUAAUAUUUAAGUUUCCAAUAACCUUUCUGUAAUGACUCUUUUUUUAAGGAUGUCCUUUAAGCUAAUUGUGUGUUAAUCAGAUAUUUUUAUGUAUUUAUUUUUAACAUUAUUUUGGCCAAAAACUGAAAAUCAAUUGUCUUUUGCUUGAAUGUUUCAAGGAUAACAAUUUUAGAAUGUUUAAAUAUUUUAGUAGAGAUAAAGAGUGACCUGAUGUGUACAUCUGGUUCUUCCUCCAGAGAAAUUAAUGAAAUAUAUAUUUUGC